GGGAUCCUUUCCUUAUUUCAAAACCACGCACGAUGAGCGUUCGUGUCGUUGCUCGCAUACGCCCUUUGCUCAAGGGAGAGCUUGAGAAAGAUGUUAUUGUGACGGCAUCACACGGCCAAACGGCGUCCGCGAGCAGUCGACCACAGGUUGUGCGUAUACCGAAUCCGAAGAACGAUGCGGAGCAGUACAGUUUCCAGUUCAAUUCAGUAUAUGAGCAAGGGACAACUCAGCAGGAACUGUUUGACGGUGAAGUGGCUCCCACCGUAAAACACCUCUUCAACGGCUUCGAUGUCACAAUAUUUGCAUAUGGAGUUACAGGUACAGGGAAGACGCACACUAUGCGCGGUGGGAAGUCAUUAGCUGAUCGAGGGGUGAUCCCUCGACUGCUAAGUGCGAUAUACCGACGAGCACGGAAAGUAGAAAAAGAUUCAGCAGGCGAGACAACUGUGAAGGUCGCAAUGUCUUAUUACGAGAUCUAUAACGACCGCGUUUUCGACUUGUUUGAGGCCCCUGAAAAGCGAACACCGUCGGGUCUGCCCAUUCGUGACAACAACGGCAAGACGGUAGUUGUCGGUUUGUCUGAACGACCAUGCACGACAUUGAAGGAGUUCGAGCAGCUCUAUGAUCAAGCAAAUAUCAACCGUUCUACAUCGGCAACUAAGCUCAAUGCGCAUUCGUCAAGAUCGCAUGCAAUUUUGUGCGUAAAGCUCAUACAGAGCACUGGGGAAAAUGUCCUUGUCAGCACAGCAUCUGCCAUUGACCUUGCAGGCUCAGAAGACAAUCGAAGAACAGACAACAACAGAGAUCGAUUGGUCGAGUCUUCCGCAAUCAACAAAUCUCUUUUCGUCCUUGCGCAAUGCGUAGAGGCAAUUUCAAAACGACAGGCUCGCAUACCAUACAGAGAAUCGAAAAUGACACGGAUAUUAGCGCUAGGUCAAAACAACGGCAUGACAAUAAUGAUUCUUAACUUGGCACCUGUACGCAGCUAUCACCUUGAUACGCUCAGCUCGCUGAAUUUCGCAAACCGUACAAAGAAGAUUGAAGUAAACGAAAUCGAGAAUGAACCUAUGGUUAAGGGCUCCGCCAUCGCUAAGGUCGUCCCGUCAGCUACGGGUCCAACGCUGCAAAGGCAGCCGCUGCGCCCACUAGCAUCUAUGACGAAUAUCCAACGCCAGCUGCAUACUGAUAAUCCAAAGAAGCCAGUCAAGUCAUUCCUUGUAUACUCGGACAAGUCAAAGUCAGACGCUCGACCACCAAACGCUUCUGCACCUCGGCCUACUGCUCAGAAGCGAAGUCAGGACGCAUCGUUUACAGGAUCAAAUAGGCCUAUGAAAUCCUUUCGCUCAAACGACCAAUCGCGGAAUGGUCUAUCGAAGGAGGAGAUAGAAGCACUGAUCGAUCGCAAGGUAGACGAGAAAAUUGCCGAACAGGCGUUGAGCGCUAAAGUGAAGUCUGUCGAGUCGCUGCCAGCCGACUUACAGAACAGACUCGAUGCCCUGGAACAGCGAGUUGCUGAAAAGGAAGAUUCUGAGGGUCUACAGUUCCUGCUCAUGGCAAAGCAACACCAUGCCCGGGGCGAAGACGCAAGUGCACUACGAAUGUAUAAGUUGGCACAGCCAUAUUUUCCUCAUAACGAGAAACUCGCACGGAAGAUCGAGACCUUGGGAGAGAAGAUACGGCAGAAACACGAGCUGAAGUCCCGUGAAAUCCGGGACCAGGUCUCCAAACAUGCACGCGACGGAGAAGACAGCGACUAUCACGACGAUUAUGAUCCUCGAGACGAGGGCGAGGAGUCAUUCGUAUACAAGCCCAAAAAGAGGACAGCUCAUAGAACUAAGGUUGCAGUAUUCAAGGACGAAUCAUUCAAUGCGGGACCGCCCUCGCCUAGAACGCAGCAGCUGCUCGACAUCAUCAACACACGGGACAUUGCUCAAAUUCGUGCUCUGAAAGGUGUGGGCAACAAGAAGGCCGAAGCGAUAGUGUCCAGUCUAUGCGAAAUGGCCCAGGGAGAAAACGAAGCAUUGAUCACGGAUCUUGUACAGUUAGGAGCGCUCAAAGGGGUUGGUGCGAAAACUGUCGAGAACAUGCGUGUCGGUCUUGCGUUUACGGCGUGAAAAAUACGGUUUUUGUUUUUGAGCUGAGCUUUUGCAUUGCCUGCCAGCCUUUAGCGUGGCGUUAGACGGCUUGAAUAUCGAACCACAAUAGGCAUUUUUCUCUUGCAGAAGAAACACAAUAUAUUCUUCGAGGCCCCAGCUCACAUAUUUUGCGACAACCAUCACCGAAGUAGGAUGACAAAACCGGCGACCUGACUUCAGGUAAGCGGAAGCUGUGCUCGGAAGAUACCCAAUCGUUUUCGCACUACCUGUCCUCUUGAAAUACCGGCGC